AUGGAUGAUGGAUGGAAAAACAGAUGGGUGAAAUCUAAACAUGGUCCUGAUUAUGGUAAAUUUCGGCUCUCUGCAGGAAAAUUUUAUGGUGACAAAGAAAAAGAUAAAGGUCUCCAGACCAGUGAAGAUGGCAAGUUCUACGCCCUCUCUACCAGGUUUAAGCCAUUCAGCAAUACAAAUGAGACCUUGGUGAUUCAGUUUUCAGUAAAACAUGAACAAGGCAUCGAUUGUGGUGGUGGAUAUGUGAAACUGUUCCCUGACACCCUGAACCAAGAGGCUAUGCAUUCAGAGUCCAAGUAUUAUAUCAUGUUUGGCCCUGACAUCUGCGGCUUCCGCAACAACAAGGUGCAGGUCAUCUUUCAUUAUCAAGGGAAAUACCAUGAGAACAACAAAACCAUCAAGUGCCCGAUUAAUAAAGACACUCACCUAUAUACUCUGAUUAUUCGCCCCAAUGCUACUUAUGAGGUCAAAAUCGAUAACCAGCAAGUGGCAGCUGGGGGGCUGGAAGAAGACUGGGCUUUCUUGCCCCCCAGGAAGAUAAAGGACCCCUACGCCCGGAAACCAAGGAAAUGGGAUGAACGACUACAAAUAGAGGAUCCAGAAGACAAGAAACCAAAGGACUGGGAGGACUCGGAGUACAUCCCAGACCCAGCAGCUGAGAAGCCAGAUGAUUGGAAUGAGGCGAUGGAUGGGGAGUGGGAAGGGCCCCUGAUACCAAAUCCGAAGUAUCAGGGACAAUGGAAGCCUCGGAUCAUUGACAAUCCUAAUUACCAAGGGGAGUGGAUUCAUCCUGAAAUAGACAACCCCAAAUAUAAGCCUGACCCCACCAUUUGUCACUACUAUAACAUCAGUGUUCUCGGGCUGGACCUUUGGCAGGUAAAAUCUGGCAGCAUCUUUGACAAUUUUCUUCUUACGAAUGAUGAAGAGUUUGCUGAAGAGGUUGGAAACAAAACCUGGGGAAUAAGAAAAGACAUAGAGAAGCAAUGGAGAGAACUGUUUGAAGAAAUGGAAAAAAGAAAACAGGAAGAAGAGGCUCAUAAAAAAAAGGAAGAGGAGGAGGAGGAGGAGGAGGACAUCUGGGGCAUUGAGGGGGGAAGUGAAGAGGACGGUGCAGAAGAGCCGGGAAAUGGCAGGCAGACGAAGGAAGAUGAUGCUGAGAGAGCAUUUCGGGUUAAAAAUGAAGUUCAUGUUGACCAGAAGGAUGAACUGUAA